CUACUUCUACCCAGCUCCUCAAAAAAAGAAGUUUCUAGUUCUACCCCAGUACAAUUAAUUAAUAUAAUAAAAAGCUAGCUGACUCUCUAUAGCGUAUAGGUUAUAGAAGACAAGAAGAUGCAGCAGCAGCUGGGAAGAAUGAGAGUCAUGGUUGGGGCGUUGUUGAGGCCGGCUCAGACUCUGACUCUGACUCGUGGACCCGUCAGCCACCAUGAACAUGAGCAGCUGCGGCUCAUGGCAAUUAAACCGCCCACACGUGCUGCAGUUCAUGGAACAAGGCUGCCCGUCGCUGACACCCUCAACAGAGAGGAAUUGGAAGCGGAGAUUAGCAAAAGGAAAGAAGAGAAAGAAAACAAGAGAAAAGAGAUGGAGAAGGCUGUGGACUACCAACUCAAACUCUCCGAUCAUGACUCUUCUAAUAAAUCUCCUGUUGAUUGACAUUUUAUUAUUAUAUAUAUGCUACUUGAUCCUCAGCUUCGCAUGUGUGUAUCUGAAUUCUGAAAGAGACAGAUUAUCCAUAUCCCAUGUUCUUAUCUCAUGAAUCAAAUGCCAUGCUUCAUAUUUA